AAGGCGUCGGUCCCAGCAGCCCUCCCAGCCCUCCCCGACGGAAUCGGCGGGCCCGGGGACUGACAACCGAGGAGCCUGGGGGAAACUCGCCUCCCGCCGCCCCACACCUGUGUCCCUUCCACUGCCUCCCCAGGAGCCCCCACCCGAACAGCGCUUUUCAAGCAUCAGAAGACCCCCUCCACGCCCCGCCCCGUGGUACUCGCCCCCCACCCUCCCGCACCCUCCACCUCUCGUCCCCUUUCCAAUCGUUGCGGGGUCGGAGGGCUCCUGGGAUCGCCCCAGACGCCCUCACCCCUCUUCCCUCCGUUGGCCAAUAACACCAGGAAGGCAGAGGCGGCGGGGGUCGGACCCAGGGCGAUCGUAGAGGAUCGUCCCGCUGACGCCCACCCGCCCCUCUGCGCGCGGGGGAAAGGCACUCAGCUGCCACCGCGGUCCCCGCAGGCACCACACACGCGUCCGGAGCAGGCGACCCCCGGGUCGCGGGAUGGAGGCCCUGUAACGGGAGCCGGAGCAGCGGAGAACGCGGCGGGCCUCCCCCGGCCGCCCCCUCGGAGCGCCCCCGCAGACAUGGCGGAGAGCUGGCUGCGCCUCCCGGGGGCAGGGCCGGUGGAGGAGGCCGGGCCGGAGGGCGGCCUGGAGGAGUCGGACGCCCUGGAUGACAGCCUGACCAGCCUGCAGUGGCUGCAGGAAUUCUCCAUUCUCAACGCCAAGGCCCCCGCCCUGCCUCCGGGGGGCACCGACCCCCACGGCUACCACCAGGUGCCAGGCUCGGCGGCGCCAGGGUCCCCCCUCGCGGCCGACCCCGCCUGCCUGGGGCAGCCGCACACGCCGGGCAAGCCCACGGCGUCGUGCACGCCGCGGAGCGCGCCCCCGGGGCUGCAGGCCCCGCCCCCCGACGACGUGGACUACGCCACCAACCCGCACGUGAAGCCGCCCUACUCGUACGCCACGCUCAUCUGCAUGGCCAUGCAGGCCAGCAAGGCCACCAAGAUCACCCUGUCGGCCAUCUACAAGUGGAUCACCGACAACUUCUGCUACUUCCGCCACGCAGACCCCACCUGGCAGAACUCGAUCCGCCACAACCUGUCUCUGAACAAGUGCUUUAUCAAAGUCCCCCGGGAGAAAGACGAGCCGGGCAAGGGGGGCUUCUGGCGCAUCGACCCCCAGUACGCCGAGCGGCUGCUGAGCGGCGCCUUCAAGAAGCGGCGGCUGCCCCCGGUCCACAUCCACCCGGCCUUCGCCCGCCAGGCCUCGCAGGAGCCCGGCGCCGCCCCCUGGGCCGCGCCGCUGGCCGUGAACACGGAGGCCCAGCAGCUGCUCCGGGAGUUCGAGGAGGCCACGGGGGAGGCGGGCUGGGGCGCGGGCGAGGGCAGGCUCGGGCACAAGCGCAAGCAGCCGCUGCCCAAGCGGGUGGCCAAGGUCCCGCGGGCCCCCAGCACCCUGCUGCUGACCCAGGAGGAGCAGGGCGAGCUGGAACCCCUUAAGGGCAGCUUCGACUGGGAAGCCAUCUUCGAGGCGGGCACUCUGGGCGGGGAGCUGGGCACACUGGAGGCCCUGGAGCUGAGCCCGCCACUCAGCCCCGCCUCGCACGGGGACGUGGACCUCACCGUCCACGGCCGCCACAUCGACUGCCCCACCCCCUGGGGGCCCCCGGCAGAGCAGGCUGCCAACAGCCUGGACUUCGACGAGACCUUCCUGGCCACGUCCUUCCUGCAGCACCCGUGGGACGAGAGCGGCAGCGGCUGCCUGCCCCCAGAGCCCCUCUUCGAGGCUGGGGACGCCACGCUGGCCGCCGACCUGCAGGACUGGGCCAGUGUGGGCGCCUUCUUGUAAGAGGCCAGGCCCCCUGCCCCGUCUCCGGACAGUGCCCAAGUCAGGGCCCAGAGCCGCCCCCCAGCACAGACCCAUGGACGCCACAGUGCCUAGGCAGGGGCUGGGGGGCCGGGGUCUCCCGAGGCUGGCCCUACCACGAGGCCAAACCGCCACCAGCCCGGGCUGCCCUGGGACUCCCGCCCAGGAGGCAGAGAACUGGGGGCCCAGACCUGCCGCCUCCCCUCCCCAGCCCGCUCCGUAUACAGUGUUGCUCUGACGGGGGUCUCCCCCCCCCCACCCCGCCCACAACCAGCUGAAGAGGGUCCUGAGCCCUGAGCACUGGGGAGGAACAGAGCGUGGCCCUCCCCAGAGCCUGGGCUGCUGCACCUCUCCAGCUCCCUACUGCUUCCCCAGGUCUCUAGCUGGAGAAGGCUCCCAGGUACAACAGACGCUAAUUAGGUGACGGCAAAUUAACCCCCCGGAGGCCUCUCCCGGCUGAGCCUCCGGGGCCCCAGGGCAGCCUUGGCUGGGGUGGGGCCGGCAGAGGAUGGACUGGGGGACCAGGCGGAGAGGGGGAAGGAGCGCAGGGUGGGACGAGAAGGCUUCUGGGGUCUUCCCUGGUGGGAGGGGUCUUCCCUGGUGGGACCGGACUGGAGGCUGAGAGCAGGGGGGAGUUGGGGGGCGGGGAUGGGGUGGGGGCAGGGCAGCUGAGCUGAGCCGGGGCGACAGACUAAUGUAGUGAGAGUAGCCCGUAGCGUAACCGUAACCGGGAGGGUCUGGAGCGUGCAGGAGCCACUGGGACCAGAACGGGGAGCCCCACGCCCUGCCUGUGCUUGGGGGGGCGGGUCUCGCUCCACCCCGACCCCCAGACUUUGUCCCACAUCCACCCUCCUGCCCCCUGAGGCAAUUUAACCUUUUUUUCAUGGAAAGUUAUUUACGAUAAUUUUUUUUAAAAAAUAAAAUUUAAAAAUA